GGAGGGUCGAGAGUACUCGCCGGCGGCGACCAACGCCGACAACGGCGGGGGGAAGAAGAAGAUGAAGGAGAGGGAGAUGGAUGAGCUGAAGAAGGAAGUGACGAUGGAUGACCACAAGCUCUCCCAGGAUGACCUGGCGAAAAAAUACGGCACGGAUCUGGCUAAGGGUCUGACAAACGCCCGCGCCAGCGAGAUCCUGGCCCAGGAAGGACCCAACGCCCUCACCCCUCCACCCACCACCCCCGAGUGGGUGAAGUUUUGCCGCCAGCUCUUUGGCGGCUUUUCCAUCUUGCUGUGGAUUGGCGCCAUCCUCUGCUUCCUGGCCUACGGGAUUCAGAUCGCCAUGGAGGACGAGCCAAUCAACGACAAUCUGUACCUCGGCGUGGUCUUGGCUGCUGUUGUCAUCGUUACCGGAUGCUUUUCGUAUUACCAAGAAGCCAAGAGCUCCAAGAUCAUGGACUCCUUCAAGAAUAUGGUGCCCCAGCAAGCUCUGGUGAUCCGCGAGGGGGAGAAGCUGCAGAUUAACGCUGAAGCUGUGGUGGUCGGUGACUUGGUGGAGAUCAAAGGCGGGGACCGAGUUCCGGCAGACAUCAGAAUCAUCUCCUCUCAUGGCUGCAAGGUGGAUAAUUCUUCGCUGACUGGAGAGUCUGAACCACAGACCCGAUCACCGGAAUUCACCCAUGAAAAUCCUCUGGAGACCAGGAACAUCUCCUUCUUCUCAACCAACUGUGUGGAAGGAACUGCACGAGGUAUCGUCAUAGCCACCGGUGACCGCACUGUCAUGGGUCGCAUUGCUACACUGGCUUCAGGGCUCGAAGUAGGGCGCACACCCAUUGCCAUGGAAAUUGAACACUUCAUUCACAUCAUCACAGGCGUGGCUGUCUUCCUGGGGGUCUCGUUCUUUGUCCUUUCCCUCAUCCUCGGCUACUCCUGGUUGGAAGCUGUCAUCUUCCUCAUUGGUAUCAUAGUGGCCAACGUGCCAGAGGGUCUUCUGGCUACCGUCACGGUGUGCUUAACACUAACAGCCAAGAGGAUGGCCCGUAAGAACUGCCUUGUGAAGAACUUAGAAGCUGUGGAGACCCUUGGCUCCACCUCAACCAUCUGCUCCGAUAAGACCGGGACGUUGACACAGAACCGGAUGACCGUGGCCCACAUGUGGUUUGACAAUCAGAUCCACGAGGCGGACACCACCGAGGACCAGUCAGGGACCACAUUCGAUAAACGAUCACCCACCGGUGGACCGCCCUGUCCAGAAUCGCUGGCCUCUGUAACCGUGCCGUGUUCAAAGUGGGCCAAGAAAAGAUACCCAUUUCAAAGAGAGAUACAGCCGGGGAUGCCUCAGAGUCGGCUCUGCUCAAGUGUAUAGAACUCUCCUGUGGCUCCGUAAGGAAAAUGAGAGAGAGGAACCCCAAAGUGGCUGAAAUUCCAUUCAACUCCACCAACAAAUACCAGCUGUCCAUCCACGAACGGGAGGAUAGCCCAGAAGGCCACCUGUUGGUGAUGAAGGGGGCGCCAGAAAGGAUUUUGGACCGCUGCUCUAGUAUCCUGCUGCAUGGACAGGAGCACCCGCUGGACGAAGAGAUGAAGGACGCCUUCCAAAAUGCCUACUUUGAGCUGGGAGGACUGGGAGAGAGAGUGUUGGGGUUCUGCCAUUCUCAUAUGUCCACAGAGAAUUUUCCGCGUGGCUUCAAGUUUGACACGGAUGAUGUCAACUUUCCCAUCACCAACCUGUGCUUCGUAGGACUGAUUUCCAUGAUUGACCCGCCCAGGGCCGCCGUACCAGAUGCUGUCGGGAAAUGUCGCAGUGCUGGGAUCAAGGUCAUCAUGGUGACCGGCGACCACCCGAUCACCGCCAAGGCCAUCGCUAAAGGCGUGGGUAUUAUCUCCGAGGGUAACGAGACUGUGGAGGACAUCGCCGCUCGCCUUAACAUCCCAGUAAAUCAGGUGAAUCCCAGAGAGGCGAAGGCGUGCGUGGUGCACGGGUCGGACCUGAAGGACUUUACCUCGGAACAGCUGGACGACCUCCUGAAGAACCACACGGAGAUCGUCUUCGCCCGCACAUCGCCGCAGCAGAAGCUGAUCAUCGUGGAGGGUUGUCAGAGACAGGGCGCCAUUGUGGCUGUGACUGGCGAUGGUGUCAAUGACUCUCCGGCUCUGAAGAAAGCUGAUAUCGGCGUGGCCAUGGGCAUAGCGGGGUCGGAUGUCUCUAAACAAGCUGCGGACAUGAUCCUAUUGGACGAUAACUUUGCCUCCAUUGUGACAGGAGUGGAAGAAGGUCGGCUCAUUUUUGACAACCUGAAGAAGUCCAUCGCCUACACGCUGACCAGUAACAUUCCGGAGAUCACGCCGUUCUUACUCUUUAUCAUCGCCAACAUCCCUCUGCCUCUGGGCACCGUCACCAUCCUAUGUAUUGAUCUGGGCACAGACAUGGUGCCCGCCAUCUCAUUGGCCUAUGAAGCUGCUGAAAGUGACAUUAUGAAAAGACAGCCCAGGAACCCCCGGACGGACAAACUGGUGAAUCAGCGCCUAAUCAGCAUGGCGUACGGGCAGAUCGGUAUGAUCCAAGCUCUGGGCGGCUUCUUCACCUACUUUGUCAUCCUGGCGGAAAACGGCUUUCUGCCGGCCCGGUUGCUUGGGAUCCGAUUGGACUGGGACGAUCGCUCAAUGAACGAUGUGGAAGACAGCUACGGACAAGAGUGGACCUACGAACAGAGGAAGGUGGUAGAAUUCACGUGUCACACGGCGUUCUUCUCCAGCAUUGUGGUGGUCCAGUGGGCCGAUUUGAUCAUCUGUAAGACCAGAAGGAAUUCCGUCUUCCAGCAAGGCAUGAAGAACAAGAUUUUGAUAUUUGGGCUCCUUGAAGAGACCGCGCUUGCUGCUUUCCUGUCCUACUGCCCAGGGAUGGACGUGGCCCUCCGAAUGUACCCUCUGAAGGUGACGUGGUGGUUCUGUGCCUUCCCGUACAGCUUACUGAUCUUCGUGUAUGACGAAGUGCGCAAAUUGAUCCUGCGCCGUGACCCUGGAGGAUGGGUGGAGAAAGAGUCGUACUAUUAA